UUUAUUUUAUUAUAUUGUAUAAAUGGCACAACCUCACGCUGAGCAACAUAACACAUACAUACGAGAGUAAAAACAAAUUAGUGUUGCGCCCAUUGUAAAGUGGUUUUACUUGAGACGGGUAGGCAGGCUAAUAAAUUAAGCUUGGGGUACACUGUACAAUACCACCUAAGGUAACUAAUGUAGUAAUAUUAGGUGAAGGUGCAUAAUAUUGCGACUUAUGACUAGCACAUUUGUUUUUUAAUUAUUUACUUUGUUUAGUGAUUUAGAACCACUAUUUAGUAAACUUUAGGCAAGUUUUCUAAACUUGGUUUUAUAUGGUUGCUAUGCCACCAUAUCAUGUAAACAAAUUUCAACGCUUAAGCGACUAAAUACUCAAUAGACACCAAUGUCUAUAUUUAAAUCGAAACCAUUUUGGUCUAACGAGAAAUUACAAAGCGAAGCAUACGAUGAAGGUAUUCAAAAUAGCUAUUGCGUCAAAGUGGAUAAAUUUAACUCGCACAAUGAUAGCGACUGCAUAAUUGCUUGUGAAGGACGACAAUUGAAGAUCUAUAAACCCAGCAAAGAGUCCGAAUCUGAUAUUAUUUUAGAAUCUGACCAAAAAGAUGUUAUCCUACAGAUUGAAACUGGAAAAUUUAUUAUGGAUUCCAGUGAUAGACAAAUUUUCAUAUUGCAUCCUCAAAGUUAUGCAACAUAUUUUCUUGAGAAGAAGGAUGGACAUAUUGAUGCGGGUGUUCAAAACUACCUAAGACCCGUAUUAAAACACUCAUUUACAAGAAAAGCGUCUAGUGUUAUUGUUGGGCCCUUUGGCGUAACAAGAAGCAGAGACCUUAUUUGUAUUCAAGCGUUAGAUGGCGCUUUGAGUUUUUUCGACCAAGACACAUUUCUCUUUAUGUGUUUGUUCGAUGAUAUUAUAAUACCGACACCUAUCAACUAUGUGCCUAGUAGUGAUGUAUUUAUUAUUUGCAAAUCUACGUGGAUUAUGGAAAUAUACAGUUACCAGCAAUUACGCGAGUUGAGUGAACUAAGUGGCCGACAGAAUAAGAAAAACAUUCCGCAAUGGACAUAUAGUCCUGGCGAAGAAAUAUCAGCUCUGCAAGUUAUACGGACAAGCAGUAACUUUUCCAGCAUAAUCGCUUUGGGAGAGCGAUAUCUCUAUUGUUUCCAGGAUAAUGGAUUGAUGAAAUUUAUGAUUCGAUUUGAUUUUAUGCCCGUCUGCUUUUACGCCUACCUUAUUGGUUGGUACUACGAACCAAAUUCAAGAUUAAUUAUAAUGGUUGUAUCCGACGAUGCAAAGCUCUUCAUCUAUGAAGACACAGCGUUGUUAUGGUCGUGUGAUUUACUAAAUAAUACAAUGGCGAUAUCUCGAUGUUUUCUCAAAAACUUAGCUGGAGGAAUUGUAACACUGUCCACGAAUGGAAUUAUAAGUGUGAGCUAUUUGGGAACGGAGCCUGAUCUGAAUUCGGCUAUAGUACCGAUGACGGCUGCUGCUGAACCAGAAGAUAUCCUAGCGGAGAUAGGGGCCAUUGAGGAAGCUCUUGAGAAAAUUAUGGGGAACGAAGAAUCCCUCCCUACGCCCGAGCUUAUCAAAAUAAAGAUUGAAAUGGGAAAACCAGUUGAGAGCUUCAUCAACGACGUUUUAACACCCAACUGUUCAUUAAUAAUCAUCCUCACAUGUGAACCUAAACAAAUCCAGAAUAUACAAAUAACCUACUUCUGCAAACAGCCAUUUUCAUUUAGCGAUUCGUGUGUAUGCCUAGACGAUAUUAAUGGAACAGAGAUUGUCGAAACGCGAAUUUCUCUCAAUGAUUUUUGCGUUUCAAAUAAUAAAAUUAAAAUUAUUUUUACAAUAACAGAUUGUUCUGGAAAGAUCCAUGUGUUGGUUAAAGAUGUUUUGGUACCGCUGUCAUUGUAUACUCGUGUAGUUGAUACUGUUGAAAAUAAUGCAUUUAUUUUGUAUUUACAAAUUAAUCUUGGCUGUAUUAGUUUAGAUAAUGUAUUUGAAGACACAAUUAAUCCAAAUAGUAUUACGUUUUCAUACAAAAAUAAAACAGUGACAAUUAGAACUAUGGACGAUCAAUACGCGGUUGAAGGAAACGAUUGUACGGAGAUAUAUCCGAUUUUAAAUUACUUCCUUGAUAAAUUACAAGAACAUUACAGGAAAAUGGGAAUAAAUAAUUUAGAAGUAAUGCUUAAAAUUGAUCCCGAGCUGUACAAACAUAUGAUUCAUCGAUUUUUAAAAUCCAUCGAAAAGCAUGCCAAGGAACGCAUUGUUUUGAAGAAAUUUGAGGCCGAACUAAACGUUUUACAAUCACAGUUCACUCUCAUUCAAAAGAAGCUGUUGGUCCAGUAUGGGUCUUUGCCACCGGGUGACUGUGAAGCCCUGGAAUUUCUAAUGCGAGACACAUAUUCAAUGAUUGUUAGAACUGCUGAAGAUGUCUUAGCAUGUAAAGAUAAAGUAAUCAGUAUAUCGUGUGAGGUGAGUGCAAUUGGACAUCUUGUGCUUUGCGUACUCAAACAUUCUGGUAUUGAAGAAGGAAAAAUUCAAAUACUCGAAGAAACACUAUCAUUGGACACAUUCUGUGAUGAUAUUCAGGACUGGGAGGAGUCAGUUACUCAAGCGUCCUCCUACAUUCUCAACUCAAAACUCAAGAAGAGCAAAGAUAAAGAAAAAAUAUCUCCCGUAACCGACCAAGAUGUUCUGUCACAAGUCAAUAUUAAAAGAUUCCUCAAGCAAACUAAAUUUAUACUCGAAAAUUUGACCGAAAAAUCAGAAAAUAUAACACGUAUAGAAGAAUUCGUUGAAGUGAUUUGAAAAUAGAAUGUGGUCAAAACCAAAAAGUAUAAAUAUUGAAACACAGCAUAGAUAAUAUUUACAUUCAAGUUGUAUCUGUAGUAAAUGGUAAUGGGCUAUUUGCCAUUCAAAAUAAAGCGUUAUUGAGAGUAAUAUGUGUAAAAAUAACUUUAAAAAGCGUUAUUAAAAAAAAUAAUUUUUUAUACCUCAGUCACGUGUGUCACGUGAAAAAUUCUCGAAAAAUUAUCCUAAUUUUUCACCAUUGUUUUAAAAUUUGUUCAAACUUACACUUAAGGGAUACCAAGGGAUAUUAAAAUAAAAAAAAUAAUAUAAUAUAAC